CCCUCCCGUCAUCUUUUUCCUUUCCUCUAUUCACAUCGUCCUGGUGGCAUCUCUUUCACUUUAGAUGUCCUGAAGCCCUCAUCUACUUCCCUCAUCCCAACACCAACCCUGGUACCUCCCUAAGAUCCGCCACUCAUCUGAGAAAUCUUGUCGACGCCCCAUCCACAAGCACACACGACCACGUCUGACCUUGCAUCGUAUGCCUAGCGUGCGCGAGGUUGUAGAGUAUGCAGUGUCUCCAGAGUCCAGCCCUCUGGUCAGGAGAGAGACGCCCAAACUAAACGGCUCAGCGUCUGCUUUCAUCGCCCUCAUUAUAGUGCUGAUACUGGUUAUCCUCAUCUGCUCGACCACCGCUCUCUACAUCCUUUGGGAAAACAGUACCAAGGCCGAUCGAGAGUACCGCGUCCGGCGAUACAAAGCGACGGGAUUGGAAGCUGCCUCGGAGGGCAAAUGGAUAGCUCGGCUAGGGAAAUUCUUCCACUUCCGUUCCGCGACGAAGGUCUCGUCUUCGCAACGUAACAGUAGCUCGAAGAAGCGUAGCAUCCGAGGGUGGGCCCAGUCCGUCGACAGGGCGUCGUCGCGCGAUAUCCUAGCGACGAUCGAGGAGCAACCGGAAUAUCAAAACUCUAAUGCCGACUCCAAGCAGAUGGUACAAACGACAACGACGACGCCCAGUACCCAGUCACCGGCUCUAUCUACGCUGUCGGUCAUGGAAGUGACCUCGCAACGACACAUACAGCCCCUCCCGCCGUCAAGAGGACGAACGUCGAGCUGGAUCUCGGACAAGUCCAUGACGGUCUCCUUCGUCAGCACCUUGCCCACACAUCCCGAAUCGAGUUCAGAGGAUGAGGUGGAGCCUCCAUCCAGUCCCAGGGCACAGCUGUCCAUGUCAAGUAUUCCAGAGCAUGUGACAUAUCAGCCAUCGGUGAAUAUGUCGUCGCCGUCACUGUCGAGGCCCUCGACGUUGAGGACGCUCUCCGCUGAUCAAAUCGAGCAAAUCUAUCCAAAUGGGCAGGGCCGCCCUUUCGCCACCCAGUCCGGCACGUCUAUUACACUACAAGGAGGCACCAAGUUUGUUGAAGAGGUUUAG